AGUCGUUGUGCGGGAGCUAUGUGCAAAUUUCAAUAAUUUAUUCGAUAUUUACGUAGGAACAUAAUGUAAUAUUUUUAGAGAUCUGAUAUUUAAAAUAAAUAAAGAUUAAACAUGAGCGAUGAAAAACAGCCCCUCCUCACAGGGCCUAGUAUUUUAAUUGAUAACCCAGAUAAUCAAGUCGUAGAAUUAGUGACCAGUCCCACGGGACCAACUAAAGAUGAAAAAAUUAAAAAGGAAUACAAUCCAGCUUCAGAGCGCUAUUUAGAACAUCCGACCUCUAAUUUCGAUACUCUGAUCCAUCUACUGAAAGGUAAUAUUGGAACAGGGAUAUUGGCGAUGCCCGAUGCUUUUAAAAAUGCUGGACUUUUUUUGGGUGUUUUUGGUACUUUAUGCAUGGGAGCUAUUUGCACCCAUUGCAUGCAUAUGUUGGUACUUUGUUCCCAUGAACUCUGUGUGCGUAACCAAAGACCAGCAAUGAGUUUUGCUGAAGUUGUAGAAGAUGCAUUUGCUAUGGGACCUGUACCUUUGAGAAAAUACGCAAAAAAUAUUAGGAACAUUGUCAAUGUGUUUCUUGUAAUAACUCAAUUGGGAUUUUGCUGUGUGUACUUUCUGUUUGUGGCAACUAACCUUCAGGACACCAUGCACUUUUUCCAUAUAAAUAUGGGUGUCCACAGCUACUUAGCCUUAUUAUUUCCGCCGAUGCUAGCAUUGGGUAUGGUGAAGAAUCUAAAAUACUUGACACCGGUUUCUCUAAUAGCUGCUAUUAUGACCGCUUGGGGCUUGGUGAUUACCUUCUACUAUAUAUUGCAAGAUUUACCCCACACCAGUACUGUGAGGGCAUUUGCGAGUUGGCAUCAAUUACCACUCUACUUUGGAACUGCAAUUUAUGCCUUUGAGGGAAUCGGGGUGGUAUUGCCUCUAGAGAACAACAUGAAAACACCGCAGGACUUCGGCGGGUGGACUGGUGUUUUGAACACUGGUAUGGUGAUUGUAGCAGCUCUGUAUACAGCGAUAGGCUUCUUCGGAUACCUUAAGUAUGGGAAUCAUGUCCUUGGCAGUAUUACUCUCAAUUUACCGAAUGAACCAUUAGCGCAAAGCGUACGAGCUAUGAUGGCGAUUGCUAUAUUCCUAUCCUAUGGCCUUCAGUUCUACGUUCCGAUGAAUAUAGUGUGGCCUUUUGUCAAAUCGAAACUCACAUCGGAAAAGGCUCUCGCGUACGGCGAAGCGAUAACAAGAUUCAUAUUGAUUUCGUUGACUUUUAUUGCAGCUGCGUUAAUACCAAAUUUAAGUGGUAUUAUUUCUCUCGUAGGAGCAUUUAGCAGUUCCGCCCUUGCUCUUAUAUUUCCCCCAAUAAUCGAUAUUAUCACAUUCUGGCCCGACCGACUCGGAAAAUACGACUGGAAAAUGUGGAAAGAUGUCGCCAUUAUCAUUUUUGGCAUAACCGGAUUUGUGUUCGGUACAUACGCGAGUAUAGGAAAUAUUUUAUCGCUUCCAUAAUGUGGCAUAUACCAAAGAUUUUACCAUGACAAUAAAUUCGUUGAGAAUUAUAUUUAUUAUUAGACUAUAGGUAUUGACAAAUCGAUUAGGCUAUACUUUAGAUAAGCGCUUGAAGUAUUAUUGAAAAUUUAGAGAUUUAUCUUCCUGCAGUUUGACAAUAUAAUUUUGGAUGACAUCGCUGCAUUUAUGCGUACAUUUAUUUUGAUAUACAGUUUUGUAUCUGUGUAUUCCGAUUUUGAUAUAAUUGUAAGUUAUGUGUACAAUGUGUGUUGUGUAUGGGGGACAUGUAUUAAUCUAGUAGUAUUUUUUGUUAGAAAAGUUUAGGACUAAAAAAAUGCCUUGCCCUACCUUUGAUUUAUAAAACCGUAAUUUUAUGAAUUUUAUUUUAGUAACGUAAACCGCUAUUGAAAAAACCAGUAGUAUUAUAAUAAUAAUAUGAGUCGUAGUCUGUUAUACACAACGUAUGACAGUCAAAUUAAAAGAAAAAAAUAUUUUAAAUUAUUAAAAUUUUAUUUGUCCCAUAAUCCAAUAGUAACAACAUAGACAAAUAUUGGAUAUACCAAAUUUUGUUAAACGGACGGACGGGUAGCAAAUCCAAUUGGUAAUUUAAAAAUAGAAUCGGAAUGUAAGUUAAAGAUAACUACUUGGUUUUUUCAAAUACAAACUUAGUUUUUAUCAUAAAAGAGGUUAUCUGGUUCCAGUUCAAAUAAGGAUUAAUAUAUCGCCCCGCUCUAGUGCAAUAUGAUUUGUUCAAAACACGGCAACGUUAUGUGAACUUUUGUGAUUAAUAAUAAGAGUUUAAUCUUGCUUUUUAGUAUAAUUGUUUGUGAUAUUAUUUAUUAUUUGUACAAUAUCAUAUGUGUUGCUUAACAAUUGCCGAUUUAUUUUUUUAUAAUUUUAUGUGUGUUUGUUUUAUAUAACGAUUUACUGAUUAAAUUUUGUACAAAUACUUUUUGCAUAAAAUAUGCGAUUUAAUGCGUACACGUAAUUUUAUGUAUGGCAGCUUAUUAGAAUUUAUUUAGGCACAUAGCGAUUUUAGUUAUGCUUUUUAUUAGAACUGUUAAUAGUUGAAAUUUAAAAUCUUAUUAAAAUGUAAUUUAAAUAAACAAAGACAAGCUAAAUGUGUUGCGUACU